AUGCAGCCACUGGCUGCUGAGCAGACCACGCCCCCGCGGACCGCUCGAGGAGGAGCAGACAGAGAGGAGAGGGAGAAUGCAAUCAAGAGGGGCCUCUGUGACUCGGCGGCCACGCCGGUCAUCUUGUCGGAGUCGCCUGCGACAGCGUGGGUGGACGGGUGCAACGGCAUGGGGCCCGUCGUGGGCAACUUCUGCAUGCAACUCGCCAUGCGCAAGGCGCAAGAAACGGGCGUCAGCGCGGUCGCCGUCAAAGGAAGCAAUCAUUUUGGAAUUUGUGCCCAUUAUGCCAACCAAGCCCUCAAAGAUGGAUUAAUUCCCUUCCUGGGCACCAACCCGCUGUGCCUGGCCGCGCCCUCCCUCUGCGGGGAUUCCUUCGUCCUGGACAUGGCCACGUCGUCCAUCACCCUCGGAACGAGAGCUAUGAAUUGCACUGCCAACGGCCCUGUUGCGUUGGGGUUGGCAGGUGGACCUGAUGAACAUCGUGGGCAAGCCGCUGCCGUCGGACUGGGCGUACGACCGGCAAGGGCGCGUGACGAGCGACCCGGCGGAGGCGCGGCUGGCGGCCAGCCUGCUGCCGCUUGGCGGGGAGGAGAAGUCGGCGGGCUACAAGGGCACCGGGCUCGCCUUCAUGGUGGAGGCCCUCUGCGGCAUUCUCGCGGGUGCGCGCACCGCCACGCCACGCCACGCCACGCCACGCCACGGCCAUCCCCCGCCACGUCACGCGGCGCCACAACACGCCACGCCACUCCACGCCCCGCCCCGCUUUGA